CGAGGCGCAGUGCCGCGCUGGGGCGGUGGUGCGGCACGAAGGGGUGUGACCGCUGGCCCCCCGCGCGCGCCCGUCCCCACCCACGCACCCCGCGCCCGCCCGCGCAGCGUGACUGGCCGCCACCGCCGCAGCCCGGGCUCGGGAGGCGCAGAGCGCGGAGCGCGUUGUGCCGCUGGGCGUCCUCCUCCCGGUCCUCCCUCCACCUUCCCUGUCCCCUCCCUCGGCCGCGGGGGAGCCGGGGAAACCGCGGCGCGGAGCCCGCAGCAGCACCGGCACGGGGACCGGCGCGGCGGCGACCUCGGUCCCGGGAGAGGUGCCCGCGGGUGCUGGCCGCGGCCGGCCGAGCGCUUGAGCUUGCGAGGCUGCACUGGGGCUCGGCGCCCGCCCCCUCCAGCUCGGGUCCCGCUUGCUGCAGCCGAGAAGUCUCCCCGCCCGGGGCACGCACCGCACAGCCAUGAACACCAACGAGGCCAAGGAAUAUCUGGCCCGGAGGGAAAUCCCUCAGCUCUUCGAGAGCCUUUUGAAUGGACUGAUGUGCUCUAAGCCAGAAGAUCCAGUAGAGUACUUGGAAAGUUGUUUACAGAAAGUAAAGGAAUUAGGUGGUUGUGACAAGGUGAAAUGGGACACAUUUGUCAGCCAGGAAAAGAAGAUCCUUCCUCCACUCAAUGGAGGACAGUCACGGAGAUCCUUUCUCAGAAAUGUAAUGCCUGAAAAUACAAACUUUCCCUAUCGGCGAUAUGAUCGGCUCCCUCCAAUUCAUCAAUUCUCCAUAGAAAGUGACACAGACCUUUCUGAGACUGCAGAGUUAAUUGAAGAGUACGAAGUUUUUGACCCUUCUAGACCACGACCAAAAAUUAUUCUUGUCAUAGGCGGACCAGGAAGUGGAAAGGGUACUCAGAGUUUGAAAAUUGCAGAACGUUAUGGAUUCCAAUACAUUUCCGUGGGAGAAUUACUAAGAAAGAAGAUCCACAAUACCAGCAGCAAUAGGAAAUGGAGUCUUAUUGCUAAAAUAAUUACAACUGGAGAAUUGGCCCCCCAGGAAACAACAAUUACAGAGAUAAAACAGAAAUUGAUGCAAAUACCUGAUGAAGAGGGCAUUGUCAUUGAUGGAUUUCCAAGAGAUGUUGCCCAGGCUCUAUCUUUUGAGGACCAAAUCUGCACUCCUGACUUGGUGGUAUUCUUAGCAUGUGCCAAUCAAAGGCUCAAAGAACGAUUACUGAAGCGUGCAGAGCAACAGGGGCGGCCCGAUGACAAUCUGAAAGCAACCCAGAGGAGACUGAUGAACUUCAAACAAAAUGCUGCUCCGUUGGUUAAAUACUUCCAGGAAAAGGGACUCAUCAUGACAUUUGAUGCUGACCGUGACGAGGAUGAAGUGUUCUAUGACAUCAGUGUGGCAGUUGACAGCAAGUUAUUUCCAAACAAAGAGGCUGCUGCAGGUUCAAGUGACCUUGAUCCUUCAAUGUUAUUGGACGCUGGAGAAAUCAUUGACAUGGGGUCUGAUUAUGAAGAUCAGGGUGAUGACCAGUUAAAUGUAUUUGGAGAAGACACCACUGGAGGUUUCGCAGAAGAUUUGAGGAAGUGUAAAAUUAUUUUCAUGAUUGGUGGCCCUGGUUCUGGCAAAGGCACCCAGUGUGAAAAACUGGUGGAGAAAUAUGGAUUUACGCAUCUCUCCACGGGCGAGCUCCUGCGCAAUGAGCUGUCAACAGAAUCUGAGAGAAGCAAAGCCAUCAGAGACAUCGUGGAACGCGGAGACCUGGUGCCUUCAGGCAUCAUUCUGGAACUUCUGAAGGAAGCCAUGGCAGCCAACCUCAGCAACACCAAAGGCUUCCUGAUCAACGGCUAUCCUCGGGAAGUGAAGCAGGGGGAAGAAUUCGGGCACAGGAUUGGAGACCCGCACUUGGUGAUCUGUCUGGACUGCUCAGCCGACACCAUGACCAGCCGCCUUCUCCAGAGGAGCCAGAGCGACCCGGGUGCCCCCGCCACCCCCGCCACCAUCGCCAAGCGCCUUGAGACCUAUUACCGAGCAUCCAUCCCCGUCAUGGCCUACUAUGAAACAAAAACACAACUCCACAAGGUAAAUGCGGAAGGGACACCAGAAGAAGUCUUUCUUCAACUCUGCAAAGCUAUUGACUCCAUUUUCUGAAGGCAAUGCUGCAUGUA